GAGUGUAUUGUUUACUUGGCAGGUAUCACCAGUUCGAAAAAUGUCUUACUGACUGGAAGGAGCUCUGGGUAGAUGAUGCUUAUUGGCAUGUUCUCUUUGCUGUGGUCCUCCUGGUGAUUAUGAUCCUUUGGCGGCCAUCCAAUAACAACCAGCGCUUUGCCUUCUCACCCUUAUUAGACGAUGGAUCAGAUGCUGAUGAUGAAGAGGAAGCUGAGAAGCUGAUGGCUGAUAUUUCUGAUACGAUGAAAUUCCGAAAUACGCGUAAUUCGACCUCAUCAUCACCUCGGGAAUCGCGCUCUGUGGAAGAUGAUUUGAAGUGGGUUGAGGAAAAUAUCCCAUCAUCUAUUGCUGAUAGUGCUCUUCCCAUUCUGGACUCAGAUGAGGAAAUUGUCACCUCAAAGUUUGAAAUUUCAAAGAUGCAGUGAGGUCUCUGCAGAACCUUCUGUGACAUUACAGGUCCAUUCCAUUACCCAUUGGCACUGAUGCUGUUGGGACCCAGUACAUGUUCUGUCGCCAAAGCAUAGAAACAAAUGUUGUUUCCCUCCCCAUUGCCCAAUUUAUUUCCUCUCUCCUCUUGUAAGUUAUUGAAAGACAGAUUGUGCCUAGGUUAAGCCUUAGAGUGUGAAUGGAGUUGUCUGAGAGAGUGAAAGAAUGAUGGAAUUGCUGUAAAGUUCUCGUUAUCAUGUAAUGCAUGUUUUCAUCAGCAUCUGAUUUAGUCAUUGUGUUUGAAGGCUUUCCUCUGCUCUACAUAUUUAAGAGGAACAAUUUUCUCACGUAUUCCAGAUGCUAAUAGUGUGAAAUGUUGCCUCAAAAGCCCAGUGGUGUAAAUAAGUUUUUUUUUCAGAUUCCAUAAGGGUUUGAAAAAUAUUCCUUGAUGACAAGCCAUACUUUUGGGCUCCUCAUACUAUCCUCUUCAUUACCAAAUAUAGUCUUCAUCUCCCUGUUAUUUUUAUUUUAACCAGUGUGUAAGGUUUUAUUCUGGAAUUAAUACCCUUUACAUGCCUUAUUUAGAAAUAAUGUAAAGAGUUUGAUGUGUCAACACAACACUUUGUGAUGUAAUUGGUAAGGAUGAAGGUAUGACAUGUAGAAAACACCCACUAAAACCUAAAUGCUGCAGGAUAUGUUAUUGGAUAUCUAGGGAUAGUAGGUCACUCAUCAGUACUUGAUGUGCUGAUUAUAACACAGGUGAUGUCCUGGGUGUUUGUCAGUUUUAGCCCAUUGCAAAAAACUGUCAAAUGUGAUUUUAGUUGAUUGAUUGUGUUUACAAAUGGACAGAUACACAAGGGCUUAGUCACCAAGGAAUCAAUUGCUAGCCCUACUUAUCUUAUCUCUUUUCUCUUUUCCUAGAUUUUUGUAAAAAUAAAGGAAAAAAAUUGUCUUUUAUUAUGUUUAUGAUAUUAUAAUAAUGAUAGUCAUUAAUAAUAACAUUAUCAAUAAUAAAAGGAUCAUGGGGAAAUCAGGCAUGAUUGCAUAAGGCCACCUAAUUGACUUAUUGAUGACAGAACACUUGGGGAGCCAUCAAUGUGUAAACAAAAUUCACAAAUGCAGUAAUUUUGUGUAUCUGGUAGCAAUGGGUUGAGUGUGGCUCAGUUAAAGUUUAGACUAUCAUAAUGUGACUGUAAUUUUGUAAUUUUUGUAUUGGCACUAGACACAAAAGUUUUGUUUUUUAUGAUGUUCAUUUCCUUAUAGAUUUUUAUAGUUUUGGCAAGAAACAAAUUGUAUGCUAAUGCAUGAGUCUCGGGAGAAGUGAUUUUGCAAUAUUUUUAUGGGCUAGUAAUGACAGUGAUAUACAUGAGUAUUCCACACACCAAAGCCCGACUUCUCCCUGUAAGAAAAACGAUAAAGAUUUCUCCCUUUACUUUCUGAAACAGAUUGAAUCAAGUGACUAUGAAAUCAAUUUCUAUAAUGAAAUAUAGGUACUCGCUUUGAAUACACUUGAAUGCAGUACUUAAAAAGAUCUGUGAUAGAAAUGAAGAUUUGUGUUUUAUCCUUUACCCUGAUGUAGGAUAGGUGAUGACUGGUUAAGGGUGAUACUGAAACCAGAGGAAGCAGGUUUGUGUAAAUACUUCUGAAAUUAAUCCAAGAAUGAGAUAUACUAAUAUAUCCCCAUGCCUAAGGAGACUUCACCCAUUGUAAUUGUAGAUGGUAAUGUAUUGAACCCUCAUUUAAGCUUUAUUCUUUGUGUACAGAUGUUUUAUUAUGUUCUGUGUACAAACAAAUGCAUACAAAUAAGCACCAUUCAUUCCCCCCCCCCCAAAAAAAAAAAAGAAAAUUGACAGAUUUAACACAAUUGAACAUCAAGGAAAAUCAGAUGACAUUAUAUCCUUCAGCAUCUGUUUUGAUUUGGUCAUUAUAUGAUGUAAUGUAAAAAGUAAGAUAUAUCCUUUAUGUUUUAAACCAAUGAUAUAAUAAACAUUAUGUUAGUAAAGGAAAGUUAA